AUGUUUAGUAUUCAAGGCUAAGGUAUGUAAACACAGCGCGUUGUGUUUACAUUCCGCGCGGUGGCCUUGUCAUUCGCGCGACGAGACUCGAGUAGGGAAGCCACGGCGCGUCGCGCUCCGUGUGUGUCGUCGUAUUAAAUCUUGAAAAGUAAUCAUUUCCUAUUACACAAUUAACGAAUAUCAAACCGGGCGAUUAAUUAAUUGUUGCGAUUAAUGACUCCUAAAUGUGUCGAGAUAACGGUUAUUCAUCAAAGCAGGUAUUUCACGCGAUUUAUAUUCAGGUAUGAAACGAAACGUAGUACUACACGAAUCGCGGAUGGAGUGAUCGAAGUAACAAAAAGUCGUGAUAUGUCGAGCGUUAGUAAUAUAUUCCGCGAUAUUUACUCGUGUGAAAUAUAUUGCGCGUGUAAUAUUGAAUUACAAUUAUGUAUUUUUUGAUAUUUCGUCGCGCGUUUUAAUUAAUGUUUGACUGUGUAUGCUGUAUCAUAUACAGUAUCAGGGUCACAUUAUUGCUGUCACUCUCAAAUUUUUCAUAGACGAAAUGUUGCAAAUAUAUAAUAGAUCGAAUUUGAUCGAGUGUCGAAACGCAUUUACAUCGUUAUAAUUGAUUAAAACAUGUAUUGCUCACUUAUGUUAUAAUAUGAACAUAUAUUAUUGAUCAUUAUGAGGUUAUGCUUCCGUAGCGAGGCGUGAAUUUGGCUGCAGGAUAUUCAAUUAUAAAUGAUAAUUUUCACUCCAUUCUCUCGUCGCAAUUCGCAAUGUAAAGUGUGCGCCCUGUUCGAAUAACGUUGAAAGUGUCGUGCAAUGUUCGCGCAAUUGAGAUAUUUUAUUGAUAAUCACGAUCAUGCGCGUGUAAUUAAUAGUAUUUUCGCGAGUGAUUAUUUUGUGAAUGCUAUGAAGGAUAAGAGAGGAGGAGGAGGCCUGGAUGGCAUCGGGCAACGGCGGAGCAACCAUUGAAUGCAACAUAAUGUACUACAACUCCGCUGUUGCGCAUCAUAACGGUUACCACAGCUUGCCGUUUUAGCGAAGAUUUUGUGCCUCCUGAUGGUGGUGAUGUGCGGGGCGGUGCCGGCGAUGGUGCGCUCCGUGAGUCUCUACUCGACUUGCAGCAGCGGCAAUGUUACCGUAAUAGGCCGCUCGAUCAAAGCCAUGGGCCGCGACGAUCACAAUGCACCCUACCAGAAACUCACCACACAAUCGGAAGAUUUCAGUAGGAAGCUGUACAUCUUUGCGGAGAAGAGCCAACGAUACAUUUGCUUCAAUAAGCGGUGGAAACUUGUCGGCCUGCCUAAGAAGCAAAAGGGACCGAUGUGUCAGUUUUACGAAGUAUACAACGGCUCGUAUCUGAGGUACAGGAGCGUGGUCGACGGUUCGCGGUAUAUCGGCUUCAACAAGUUCGGUAAGCCGAUGAAAAAUCCCCACGGCAGACAGGAGUGCUUCAACUUCAUCAAGUACAACCCCCAUGCCGACAUAAACCACCACAACAGCCUAGUGAACGCGGAGAUGGGCGGUAUGGAGCCGCGGGAGCCGUACGUCGUCUCGAGAAAGCCAUCGCCGAUGAUGAGGGCCACGAAGAAUUCCCUGUUGCAGGCCGACAGUGCGAGGGAGCACGUGCAGCACACGUCCACGCAUCGCCAUCGGCAUUCGAAUCGCUGGAAGAUGCGGCAGGACGGGACGGACUCGGGGCCCCGGAGACGGCACGAGAGUCGCCUCCUCGUCGAGGCCAGCAAGUAUUGAGCCGCGUACGAGCUCGCCGAUCAAGACUGCCUCCUCCAUUACCCCGUGAGAACCUGAGAUCAGACUGCCAAAUACGCUGGUGGACCGCUCGUGGUCGGGAUGUCAGGAGCCCACUUAACGGCGCCUCGUGAGUCGCGACUCGAAGCACCACGUAUUCGUUCGAAUUCGGUCGGCGAAUCGAGAGCGUGGACGCGGCUCGCACACAAACACACACACGCCUUAUAGCUGCGCCCGUUCAAUUUCCGUUUCCGCCCGGGAACGGGUGUCGUCGUCGAGAUAGCGUCCGCUAAGAUCGGGCGAGACGCGAGACGACGUGGGGAAGCGUGAGCGCGCGUGUUCCCGCCCGACGAAGCUAUCUCAAUUUCACGCGGUUAAGUUCGAUUUACACUUGCCCCGACUGACCCCCUUCAGGCAAGUAUGUACCUCGUAACAAUAAGAGCGUUUUUUUUUUUUCUAAUCAUUGAUUCCUCGUGAGUUUGGUUCGCGCGAUGAAUCGUUCGUUAUCUCUCUGUUCUUAUCUCUUUUUUACACUCACACUCAUUCUAUCUCUUUUCCUCGCUCUAUCUAUUUAUCUAUGUAUCUAGCUAUCUAAUUUCUCCUUCUUUUUUUUCUUAAUCUCGUGUCAAAGCGUGGCCAUUUAGUAAUAUUUCUUUCUCACUCGAUGCUGCGCGUCGCGAUAAACUGUGCGAUACCAGUCAUGUAAAUUCGUUUGAGCCAUUAUUACCCAAUCGAUCGUUUAAUGCGAAUGGAAGGAAUUCACGUCGUAUAGAAACGCAACCGAACGGCUGCUGUGCUUCGAGCGCGGUCACUGGCCCGCGAUGGUAGCGCAAAAAGACGCGCGGACGACGCACGCCGAUGGACAUGUCUUCUCGACUUGCCCGACAAAGGUAAUCCGUCUUUCGGAAAUCGUGAAAUAUUAAAUUACUAAUGUACACAUAUAUAAUUUUUUUUCAAAAUAUUAAUAUAAUUCUCGCAAACUUGAUUCGCUCAAAUAUGUGAUACUGAUAUCAAAAAUUCGAUGAAAUGCCCGAUAUUCACGGAUGCAAUUUAAUAUCUCAAUAUAUUGAACCUUGUAUUAAGAAAACAGAAAACAAAUAGAGAAUUUUAUUUGUAUUACACCGAUGCAUCAAUUCGUUAAUUCUUUUUCCGUAACAAAUUUAUAUGCGCGAUGUGCGUAAAAGGAUCACGAUUUCCGGGCACGAUUCAUUCUUUCGCGAAUCAAAGCGGGAACGUUGUCGGCGCUGGUCCAGCGAAGAAAUAUUUGUCACGUUGCGGACGUUCGUACGUCGUCGUUCUUACGCCCUCCUGCGCAGUUAGAGCUCACGCCGCGCAAGACUCUCUCACUCGCUGUGCUAAUUACGCCGCCUAACGUAGCGUGCGUGCGUGCCUGCCCGCGUGUAUGAAUAAUGUGUGCGUGCCUGCCUGCGUGUUCGCGACGCAGGCCUUACCGCCGCCGACGCACAAACUCAUGUGGCACGAUCGAUUACGAACGUGCCGAGUAUAUGACGACCGACGACAGUUCUCCGAGUUUUUCUUUGAUAAUCCAAGUUUAUUUAUUUAUUUAUUUUUUUUUUUUUUUACUUGGGUCGUCGAUAUUUCACGGCGACGAUCGGUUUUAUAUCGGGAUUCUAUCAAUAUCUUUCAAGAUUAAUAACGAUGUCAUUGCGUGGCUUUUUGAAAUAGAAGGAACACAAUGUUUCAGAUGCGGGACAUUUGAAGGCUUAAUAUGAACAAGACUCAUGUUUUCAAAAAAUUACUUUUAUAUUUAUAUAAGAGCUCUCUAUAUUAAUAUAUUACAGCAGAAAGCUGUACGCGUAAUUUUUGAGAAUUCUUAUGAGAUACGCAAUGAAAUGAUAAAGAGUAUAUUUCUAUAAAAUGACAUCGAUUCAACUAUCGACAUAUAUUUUCUAAAUAAUUUCACGUGAAAACUAUCUCGAAACACUUUUCCUUUCGAGCAUUCGGACAACGGCGAUCGGUUGGAAACUGCAUGUUUGUGCGCGAGCAUAUAUUAUAUUUGUGUGCAUUUUGCGUGCAUACGUAUUUCGCCUCCGGAACGCGUGUGAAUGCGUGUAAUAUAUUAAUGCAUUACCGUUAAUGAGAACUUAAUCUUUAGAAUGCUAUCGCAGACUGUAUUAUUAGGCUAGGUACAUGAAUAUAUGACGCGGUGGCGACUCGACGAAGGGAACCAGGGACGCUGAGUUCGUUGCGCGAGAACGUCUUGUGUGAUCUUACUUUUCGCUUCUAUUUUCCGACUGGACGCCGUCCUCGCGCGUCGCGCCGUUUUAUCUUCUACAGGCACAAGAGAGGCACCCUGGAGUGAUCCAUUUUCGCAGAUUCGCCACAUAAGGAGCGCCUGUUCCCUCUCCCCUUCGAAGAAAAAAAAAAAAGAGAUCACUCCCUAUAGGUAGCUUAUUUAUUGAAAUCAUGUUUAGGUACUACGAAAGCCGAAACGCCCGAGAGACUCUUCGUUGUCCUUGUACGUAUAUAUAUAUAUAUGUAUAUGAAGAUAUGCGCUGCUCUCUUUUUAUCGUUUUCACCGUUCCCCCCCACCCUUCCCAUUUUCCUCUCUUUUCAAUCAGUCACAUUUCUUAAUUACCAUUUCGCGCAACAUUAUUUCGUCACAAUUAUGAAUCGUUUGAUACGAUAUCAGUAAUUAUUUGCUCGAAAGUAUUUCAUCGGUCUUUAACUUAUUUAUACUUUUCUCUUGGAAAGAUAUUUUUGUAUUGCAAAUUCUCUCCAUAUGUAAAAAAGGUAACGAUUAAUUGUACAUUUACAUUUAUAUGUUCUAAUAAGUUCUAAUAAGGAGUAAUAUUCCAAUUAUACAUACACAUUAUCAAGAUAUAUUUUAAUUACUUUUUUUGGAUAACUAAAUUUAUUUAAAGAUAUAUUUUCUUUUCUUUGCGUUCCUUCAUUCGUUUCGAUUAUUAAAACAUGCUUUUUACACAAAGUCUGAAAAAUACUCAAUAUCUGAUUAAUUUAAUUGCAUAUGAGUGGCAGUGCAUAGAAAAGCUUAUUCCUACGGAUGUUUGUAUGUGUGUUAAAAAAAAAAAAAAGUAGGGAGCAAUAUGCACGUAGUAACGCCACGUUUCGUACAACGAAUCAAAGAUUUAUUUUUGCAACGCAUUUCUUAAUAAAUUAGGCAUUUAUUUCUUUGGGAACAACAAUUUUCAUAUUCUGACAAUUCAUGUUUGUCUUUUUUAUCACAGACUGCUUUUAAUUGUAUUAAAGUCUUAUACCUUUCGGGGUGAUUCGUUAUCGGCACGUGGCGAGUGCAAGCUAAGCACGAUAAGAUGUUGCGUGUAAACAGAAAUUAAAUGCCAGCAGCUGACCAUGAGAAAGGCAUAAAAUCCGACGCUUAUAAUUUAAUAACAGAUAACUAAUCUAAAAAACGUAUAUGUAUUGUAUUCUAAUAUGGGUAUUGUAACUCCACCUUUAAAAAUUAACCAACUCGUUUUGUAUGUGUAAGCCUAGCGUCACGUAGCGACGUGCAGAGAAUCACCGCGGCGUUCAUGGCGAUGUGUAAAAAAAAAUGAUAGAAUAAUUUUUAUGGAGUUUGCGAGUCUCUUUGAAAGCGAGAUAUGUCACUGAUUGUCGUUCUUCAUAUAUACAUAUAUAUAUAUAUGUGUGUAUAUAUACAUAUAUAUAGAUAUAUAAAGAAGACAAAAAAAGUGAUUAUCGACCAGCGUCAUUCUCGCGAUCUCAUCGAACUAUUCGUAAUCGAGUCUCGUUUUGGUAUUAAUUUUUUGGAAUUGAGAAAAAAUGUCCAUUCAAAUUCUUUGUUUGACAUUUGCUUGUUUAUAUACAUUCUUACAUAUUGGCAAAAAUUUUCUUUGAUCUUUAAACUGUGUUAAUACUAUAUGAUACUGCGAUCGUCUUAUCAUUCACCUGACUCGAUUGCGAGCAGAUCAUCAUCACCUAUCCCAAACCCCCUCCUUUUUUUUACAUCCUCACCAUUGACGAACCAGAAAACGGUAUGAAACGAACAAAACACAAGAGAUGAAUCUGACUCUACCCCUCCCUAUAGAUAGAUAGUAUACAUAACAAAUAAAAAGAAAAAAAGAAAAAGGUAAAAUAUAAAUAUUAUAUAUAUAUAUAUAUAUAUAUAUAUAUAUAAAUAAAAAUAUAUAUAUGAAAGAUGAUGUGUAUUGUAAGAUAUUUAAUACCGACUUGUCUUAGGCACACCCGAUGACGAUCGAUAACAAUGAAACGAUGAUAAUAAUUAUUACGAUGAUUGUUGUAUAACGAACGACGACGAUGAUGAUAUUCUACACUAUAAUUCGCGUUGUAAUAUAGAGGCCCACCCGUUACCCACUAAAUCGAUGUAUCGAUGUACCCCGGUCGUGCUGUGCUCACGUGCAUGCGUCUCGAGGGGAUGACCGACCGAGAGGGGAAAGAUUUGCAGAUGCUUCGCGCUUUGGACGAUCGCCAAUUAGCUGAACUGAGAUUUUUCUACGAGAAGCAUCGGGAGCCACUUUCGUAACUGGCCGACGUUCAACGAGCGUUGCAUCCGCAGGAUUUGAGAAAUUAGAUCGGUUUUGAUUGCGCCUUCGCGCUGCUCAGCGUUAAUCAUCUUGGCUGUAGCACGAAAGACACACACACGCGUACGCGCGCGCGCGCGCGCACACACACACACACACAUACACACACGUACACAUGUUUUAUUUACGAUGCGCAACAGUCUAUUACGAACGAGCACAGCACGCCCGGCAGCAACUAGCAAUAAUAUAACAUUCCAACUUAAAUCGCAUACGUACUGCGAAUUCUAAUAAUGUGUGCCGCCGUACGAGAGAGAAAAACACUGUCAAAUACACGCUCAUACACUGCUA